AUGGCAGAGCUACGGCGGUGGCAAAGCCGGGCAACUGCUGAUUGCCCUUCGAGUCGUUUAGAGGAGGAUCUUCGGCACUUCCUUGCGGAUGCCGCCCACCAGACAGUGGCUGCGAUUCAGGUUUUCGGCGUGUACGCUGAUCGGAAGCUCAUCCCGCUGACGAACUGGGCUGUUGACUGGAUCGAGGAAAGCUUCCCACGCCAGGUGGGCGUCGUGCGGCGGACGCCGGCGGAUCUCCUGGUGUUCCUCCUGUACCUGGCCUUCCUGAUCUGGGGUGUCGUGCAGCUGGCAAUCACCAUGUGGGAUGCUGCGCGCCAGUUUGGGCGCAGCCUUCUAGCUUGCUGCCCGUCUCGUAGCAUCAGAACGAAGCCACCGCUGCUCUACCGUCAGGAAGUUCCGUACGUCCAGCCUCCGUGGCUGGAUCCUUCGGCUGUCCAAAGGCCUGCCGAACGCGAGGCCAUUGGAGAUGAUGGCGCAAAACUGCAGCGUCCGAGACCAAAAGAUGACUUGAUGCUUUGCUGCCUCUUUCCAAACCUCUUCGGCUGA